CACCCCCUAGCCUAGGCUUGCAGGCGUUCACCUCACUUUCUAACAGACCUCUACGAUGGAUUGUCACCCUGGAUUAUAAAUGUUAUUUACUUGUUAAAUCGCUGAGCCCUCCACCUCAGCCCCACCACCACCCCCCCCCCCCAUCUGGAUUAUUGGGGCUUCGGGAGAAGAAGUGUCUCUAAUUUUUGGAUUACCAUUAAAGCCCACAUGGAGCUGGUGUCUGCAUGCUGAUCUGAACGACAGAGGGACAAGUGCGCUCGGGGGCCCGAGAGAAAGAAAGACUUUGCUGAAGAUUCAGGAACUUGAUGGUAGUGACAACAUAAACCAAAGAAGCGACAUCAAACCGAGGGAGCCGAGAUGGGGUUACGACUCGGACUGAGGUUCAGCCUGGUCAUGGUGAUCCUGGCCUUGACUCUGUCCGGAGAGGGAGUUGAAGCCCAGAGCAGGGCAGGGUGUAAGAACGUCCACUACGACCUGGCCUUCAUCCUGGACACCUCGUCCAGCGUGGGCAAGGAGAACUUUGAGAAGAUCAGGCAGUGGGUGGCCAACCUGGUGGAGUCCUUCGACGUGGGCGAGGAGAGGACGCGCGUGGCCGUGGUGCGCUACAGCGACCGGCCCACGCUGGAGUUCAACCUGGCCAGACACAAGAGCCUGGAGGAGGUGAAGCGCGCCGCCGCCAACAUCCGCUACAUCGGCGGCAACACCAUGACGGGCGACGCCAUCAGCUACACCACCCAGAACGUCUUCGUGGAGCGUCACGGCGCCCGGCCCCGCGCCAAGGGCAUCCAGCGGGUGGCCAUCCUGGUCACCGACGGCAGGAGCCAGGAUUAUGUCCUGGAGCCCUCCAAGGAGGCGGCGGCGGCGGGGAUCAGGGUGUUCGCCGUGGGCAUCGGGGAGGCCCUCAAAGUGGAGCUGGAGGAGAUCGCCGCCGAACCCAAAAACGCGCACGUCUUCCACGUGACGGACUUCGACGCCAUCGACAAGCUCCGCGGUCGACUGAGGAGAAGGCUCUGUGAAAACGUGCUGUGUCCCAAUAUGAAGGUGCAACCGGAUCGCUUCAAGCCCGGCAGCACGAGUUACGCUCUGGAUGCCGUCCCAGGCUUUGAUCUCAUGGAGUACUUCAACGUGAGAGACAUUCUGGGGACCAGAGAAGAUGAGGGUCAGAGCUCAUACGUACGUCUUGGGACAAUGCCAAUUGUACAAAAAACAGAAGACGUUUUUCCUCAGGGACUGCCAGACGAGUAUGCCUUUGUGACAACGUUUAAAUUCAGGAAAACCUCCCGACGUGAAGAUUGGUACCUCUGGCAAAUCUUCGACAAAUAUGGCAUCCCACAGGUGUCCAUCCGCCUGGACGGGGAGAACCGGGCGGUGGAGUACAACGCGGUGGGCCUCACCAAGGACGCCGUGAGGGCCGUGUUCAAGAACGACGAGGUGGACAACCUCUUCGACCGCAACUGGCAUAAGAUCGCCCUCAGUGUGGACGCCAAGUCCGUCACCCUGUACCUGGACUGCAAGCUGAUCCAGACGCUGCCCAUCGGUGACCGGGAGGACAUCGACAUCCAGGGGAAGACGGUGAUCGGCAAGAGGCUGUACGACAGCGUGCCCAUCGACUUUGACCUCCAGAGGAUGAUGAUUUAUUGCGAUUCCAAGCAUGCAGAGCUGGAAACAUGUUGCGACCUACCUACUGGGCCAUGCCCGAAGAAGGUUGUUACAGAGGCCCCCCCGGUACAGAUCCCAACCCCGGCCCCCACGGUGGCGGAGCAGAAAAGAGGCCCUCAGGUCAACUGUUCCUGUCCUCCUGGGGAAGAGGGGCCAGCAGGGGAACCUGGCGUUCCGGGCACCAAGGGUGUAAAGGGAGACUCUGGCCUGAAGGGCGCCAUGGGACAGAGCGGCGUCAAAGGACAGAGAGGAGAAACUGGCAAAGUAAUCUCUGUCAAGGGUGACAGAGGUGAGAAGGGAGACUCCGGAAGCAUCGGGUUAACAGGUCGCGAUGGACCCAAAGGAGUGAAGGGAACUGGUGGGAUUCCAGGGAUCGAUGGCUUGCAGGGCGACAAAGGAGAAAGUGGUGAAGGCGGAGCCCCUGGUGUAGAAGGACUGCCCGGGUCAGUGGGGCUAAAGGGAAUCCAAGGGGAUUCAGGAGUACCUGGCGUGCCUGGAUUCAAUGGUGUCUCUGGAGAAAAAGGAUUCAAAGGAGAACAGGGAACUCCCGGGACCAAGGGAGAAGUCGGUUUGUCUGGAUUUGCGGGAAAACCUGGGUUUCCGGGGAAAGACGGCUUGCGGGGCAUGGUGGGCGCUCCUGGUGCAGGUGGGACCAAGGGAGAUAAGGGAGAGAGGGGGCCCGCCGGAUUACCUGGGGAUGUGGUCCAAAAGGAUGGUUUGAAGGGCGAAGAGGGAUUGGCCGGACCCCCGGGGGCCCCAGGAGCCAUCGGACCAGCAGGGCCACCUGGGCCUCCUGGUAAUCAAGGAUAUCCAGGUGAACCUGGAGAAUUCGGCCAGCGGGGAAAGAAAGGCGAAAGUGGAUUACCAGGAGUCGAUGGCCUCCCGGGAGCAGCAGGUCAGGCGGGCAUCCCUGGCCCAGCAGGAUUACAGGGACACACCGGACCCCCUGGUCUCCCUGGCGAGAUCGGAUUCUCCGGCAAACCUGGCGAGUCCGGCAAGGCUGGUCUUCCCGGGAAAGACGGUCUGGAUGGCCUUCCAGGAAAUGAUGGCGGCCAAGGACCCAGGGGCGAGCGAGGAACCGACGGCUUAUCUGGCAAAGAGGGGCUCAAGGGCCAAGACGGACCCCCGGGGCCGAGAGGACCCCCAGGGGAGAGAGGAGAGGCUGGUCUGAGGGGACAGGCCGGUGAGGAGGGACCCGGCGGGAUCAGGGGAGUUCCGGGAGAACGAGGAAACGAUGGAGGACUUGGGCCUAAAGGAGCAAAGGGCGACAAGGGGGACGUCGGUGGCCGGGGGCUUCCGGGCAUACCGGGCAACGUGGCCGAAGUUAUCCAGGAGCCAGGUGAACCGGGGAAACCGGGAGAGAAAGGAGAGAAGGGUGAUCAAGGGAAACAAGGAGAAACGGGUCUGAGAGGUUUACCUGGAGAGCAGGGCUUCAGGGGACUGCCCGGGGCACAGGGUACCAAAGGAGACGGCGGCAUUCCCGGGGAGGUUGGAAGGGUCGGAGACGCUGGCCCACCUGGACCAGCCGGUAUCCAAGGUGGACGUGGACUACCAGGAAAUGCGGGCAUCCCGGGAACCAUGGGGCCUCCUGGUCCCAUCGGAGAGAGAGGAGAGAAGGGCGAGGGGGGUAAAGAAGGAAAAACGGGAGCUGCAGGCCCCCGCGGAGACCCCGGCCUCAGCGGGCCCCCAGGACCCACAGGAAAGGGCAAAGACGGCCCAGACGGGGAGCCCGGGCAGCCCGGCGUCCAAGGACCUCCAGGGCCGCAGGGCCAGACCGGACCCUCAGGACCCCAGGGUGGGCCCGGACUGAGGGGCGUCCCCGGGGAAGGGAAGGUCGGAGUCCAGGGACCCUCAGGACUCAGAGGAGAGCCCGGUGCCGCGGGGCUGAGGGGCCAAGCUGGCGCAGCCGGCGCCCAGGGGCCCGCAGGACACAACGGUGUACCUGGAAGACCUGGAGAGAAAGGGGAUGCCGGUGUACCCGGGAAGGCUGCAGAUCUCUCUGAGCUGGAUCUUAAGAACGUGUGCUCGGACUGUCCCGCCGGCCCACCCGGAACCCCCGGCCUGCCCGGCGUUCCGGGAGAGAAGGGACACAACGGCCUUCCCGGGAAGAACGGUCAAGAUGGCUACCCAGGCCAGGUGGGGCCGACGGGGCCCGUGGGGCCCCCAGGGGCCGACGGGACCAAGGGAAUCAAAGGAGACCGCGGACCCGCCGGGACCAACGGAGACAAGGGGGAGAAGGGUCACCCCGGGCCACCCGGACACCAGGGGGCCGCCGGCCUUCCAGGCAGUGCUGGUAACGACGGGCCGCCUGGUCCAUCGGGCCCCCCGGGGGCCCCGGGAGAAAAGGGUAAAGAGGGACUCAAGGGUAUCCAGGGUCCACCUGGUCUUCCUGGGAUGAUGGGCCAGUCCGGAAAAAUGGGGAAAGAUGGCCGAUCCGGUGAACCCGGCGAGCCUGGCAAGCAGGGCGAUCCUGGACCAGCGGGCAACACAGGACUCAGAGGAAUGCCCGGCUUUAAAGGCCACCGAGGCGAACCCGGGCCCUCGGGAUCCAAGGGGGAAGAUGGAAAAUCGGGAUUGCCUGGACGGGAGGGGAAACCUGGAACAGAUGGAGCCACGGGCCCCCCAGGUGGAGACGGACUGAUGGGGCAGAGAGGGGAAUCGGGCAAACCAGGUGAACCGGGGCCCUCAGGGAAACCAGGAGCCGCCGGUACUCCGGGUCUUAUGGGAAACAAGGGCGAGCCCGGCAACCCUGGAUUACCAGGGUUUAGUGGCCCCAAGGGCCCCGCGGGUCCACACGGUCCGGCCGGCCCCGAGGGGAAACAGGGGAUGCCGGGCAGAGUGGGGGACCGCGGCAUCAAGGGAGAAAGGGGUGACCCGGGAAACAAGGGCGACAAAGGCCACAACGGGGAGUCCGGCAUUCCCGGCAACCCCGGAACCCCGGGAAGGAAGGGCCACACCGGGAUGAUGGGCAUGUCAGGGCCACAGGGGGACAUCGGCCCCACGGGGCCCCAGGGAUCGAUCGGUAACCCUGGAACGCCGGGGCCCAGGGGAGAGUCGGUGUCGGUGGAGCAGAUGCGGCGACUGAUCCAGGAAGAGCUCAGUAAACAGUUGGACUCCAAACUGGCCUACCUGAUCUCUCAGAUCCAGCCGGCCCACGUGAAGACCACGGCGGGGCGGCCCGGGACCCCGGGGACGCCGGGGAAGGACGGCUCCCCGGGCCGCCCGGGCUCCCCGGGGGAGCAGGGGAUGCCCGGUCAGAACGGAGGGGAGGGCAUCCGAGGACCUCACGGCCCCAAAGGUGAACGAGGAACCAGAGGAGAGAAGGGAGAGAAUGGCGUCGGGGAGCGGGGAGAGAAAGGACCUGCCGGCCCCAUAGGCCCAGCCGGUCUGCCCGGCUACGGUAAAGACGGAAGCCCGGGACAAGUGGGCACCCAGGGAGAGCCAGGGAACCCCGGCCCCCAUGGGCAGACCGGGCCCCCGGGACCCACCGGCCAGUGCGACCCCAGCCAGUGCGCUUAUUACGCUAGCAUGGCGUCAAGACCCCACACCAAGAACACCAAGGGGAAUUAAAACACAUGCACACACACACACACACACACACACACACACACACACACACACACACACACACACACACACACACACACACACACACACACACACACACACACACACACACACACACACACACGCACACACAGGCACACAUGAACACAUGCACACAGAUACACAUACACACACACACACACACGCGUAAAAUACAAAGAGCUUGAGGUCCAGCUGUAUUCAUGAACCGAGUGUGUGUUCAUAUGAAUUGAGAACUUUUUACUUUUAGCGCUGAUGGUCACCUCACGUGGGAGGGCUGAAGCCCGUGCUGCCGGCCCAGUUUUCAUGUUUCUUUUGGGAGGAUCAGGGUUUUUUUUUGGAAUUGGUCCAUUGGUCCAUCCACAAUAUUAACAUUGCGAUGGAUAGAGAGGGCAGCUGAGUACGUUUUUACAAUGUUCCAUUAGACUAUGCAUCAGUCAAUAGUCAUUUUAGUUUUAUUUUCCACUUUUUUAUGUUCCCAGGUUUAAGAUGAAGUUGAAAAAGGGAUCCUUUCAGCCCCUCUGAGUGGAGAUUCUGGAUCCCACUCCUCUGAACCCAUCUCCUAGCAGUACUCUCCUGAAACCGUGACACUCCAUUAAUCCACAUCACCCUGAUGUUCCCCUGAUCCGAGGAUCCUAGCUUUGGAUUGUAUUAACUUCUCGUCAAAGUAGUUCUCUACUUUUAUAAUAGAGGGGGGCUUAGCCUCAUGCGACAAUCCAGACACCCAGAUUUGUGUUCCGCCAUGAAUACCAGUCUUGCCUUAUCGUUCUUAAGUCAAUGACAUGUUCAGUUAACUCGGGUUUAUCGGAUGAAGCACGGACACCCUUUCAUCUCUUGCCUGAUCCGGUUUGAAGUGACGCCAAAACCCCUUUCCAAAAAAAGCAUUGAGUGCUGAUGUCUGUUCAUCUCUUCACAUCGUUAUUCUGUCCAUUUAAGAUGACAUGCUUUGGAGUGCUAACCUUUCGUUCAUGAAGACCUGUUGGUAUUUGUAAGAUAUGCCUGAGUAGCAUAUUCAUAAUGCAGUCCAUCUUCAACGAAGAUUAAGAAAUUAAAUAUGAUUGAUGAGGAUGUUAUGAUGUCAGGCCAACUAUGUCGUUUUUAAUUAUUGUAAGGAAUUAAAAAUGUACAAUCAUUAUCUAUGUAGCCUAAUACAGCAGAAUUUCAAUUCUUUCCCAUUUGCCUUUCCAUGUGCUUAUCAUCAUGGGUAUCAAUGAGGUAAAAGAUGCAUGUCACGCAAGGGUGGGUAUAAGUGAACCACUUACUCAAAUCAUCGAAGCAUAUGUUGAACAUACAAGGCGUAAACUUGUUAAAAUUAGAGCUGUAAUACCAUCCAGAUAUUCUAGCUUCUCGUUUCCCACUGAAACUGUCUGGUCUGGAAUGGGCAGCAAAAGAUUUCUGAAAUUUUUUUUCAAAAAGACUACAGCCAAUCAGAUUAGAUAAAUAAGUGAUGUCCACUCAUAGUUGAGGAAUACUCCUCUGUUCAUCUUUUAGCCUCGGUGAACAUCGGCCUAGUUUGAGUGAAACAGUUGGGAUUGCUCUGUCGAUGGUUACACAUUACUCUGCCGCCGCAAUCGUUUUUUUCAAAUCUGGAAGUGUGAGUGUGGCGCACCUCGCUUCCUCUCUUCUUUUUUUUGAUCUACCCUUUGGGUAACCUCUUGAAGCAGCGUUUUCCUUCUUUGUCCGGUUGGGGCUUACUGAACAGAGACUGGGGAGCCUCACAGAGGGGGGGGGGGGGGGGUUCUCGCUCCUGAAGAGACACAGGGUUUAUUAUGCGUCCUCUUAAGGAAGGAAAUUGGAAGCGUUUCUUUCCCAGAAUCCUGCUGGAGGGAGUGAGGCUGCAUGGGUAUGGGGGCUUUGACUUAACCUCUCUGGAGAUGUGUCCUUCACGUCUCCGGUGGGCCAAUGAGACCUACUGCGAGGCUCCCUGAUCUCAGUUCAUGUAGAAUCUAUUAACUAACCCCUUCACAACAUCAUUCGUAGUCAAGGUUUACUUUUGUCUCAUUUAUCCCCCCCCCCCCACACACAUUUUUGUAUGCUUUCUCCCUUUUUGCUGGGUUUGCAGCUUUGGUUUAUGUCAUGGAGAUGGUCGACGGUGGAAUUCAUCUCAAAGGAAUAUUGGAAGCAACCAAACCAGGUUUAGGAAGUGACGCUUUUUUUUUAAUUUACUUCUCAACAUAACAUACAAAACGCAAAAUAGCUAUAGCUGCAGUGAGAAUUCAAUGACAGAGUGAGUAUUAUGGGCUACGGUUUUCUUGCUGCUCACUUUCAAUUCACACCCUUACUUGCCUUGCACUACCCUCAACUUACCCGAAGGUUCGCGCUCUAUCUACUUUGGCCUAUUAUUGAUCAAUGAAACCAUACCAGUAUUGUUGAUGUUAUCAUUUUGUAUACGUCUACUCUGAUCCACUAUAAGGUAAAACGUCGCAGAGCAAGGUGAAAUUGGCUAGCAAACACCUCAAUUGCGUAAUUUUAAUUUUGUGAUGCAUUGUGUUUGUUUUGUAAAUGUCUCCCUUUACAGUUGGCCUUGUUGAAUGACGUAUCUCCAUUCAUAAAAAUAAGUUAUACUACUAAAUUAUUCAUAACGAUGCAAAUAUGUUUAUUUACCCAUUUGUUAUUACAGAUUAAUUGGUGCUAUUCUAAAUCAGUAUUAUGUGUUUUACGUUGGGAGAGAUACACACGUUGUACUGUAUAUUGAAAUAAAGACUGGAGCAGAUCCAUUUUCUAGGAAA